GAAAGAUCAGUGCGCCGCUGAAGUCCGGACCGAAAACACGCAGUGGGACGUUUCCUCUCAAACUCUGGAAUAUAAAACCUAAACUCUGGUCUUUAAUGCAUUUAGAUAAGCGACAGUGUACAUUCUGCGUACUGCAAUUCCCACAGUGGACUUCUUUUUUGUUUUUUGCUUUGAAUUUGGAGUAAAGUAAUCGAGUCGGAGGAUGCUUCAAACGAACUGAGAGGUUUCUCCGUCCUUCGGGACAUUAAGGACGUCCAGCUGUGGGUUUUUUUAUUAUGGGACGUGACUGAAUGGAUUAAUAACCUGUAAAAAAAGAAGUGAAAAGUAACGCUCAUCCGACUCAAGCAGCAGCGCCCUCUUACCAAUGAAAUAUCUGCCUCCAGGAUCAGUAAGUAAGCUUUUCGAGCUCCGUGAUACCCGCGACAGUCCGAAGUCUCUCCCCGGCGCUGCGGGCUCUCUGCUGGCCCCUCUGGACCCUCUCCGGCAGGCAAAGCGGCUCCCCAUCCGAGUCCUCAAGAUGUUGAGUGCGCACACCGGACACUUGCUACACCCGGAAUAUUUACAGCCUCUGACCCCCGCACCCGUGAGCAUUGAGCUGGAUGCCAAGAAGAGCCCACUGGCCCUGCUGGCACAGACCUGCUCUCAGAUUGGUAAACCGGACCCUCCGUCUUCCUCCAAACUGAGCUCCUCCAGCAGCCAGGGGGACAAGGAGCCCAGCAGUCGCUCAUCCGGCUCCAGCCAUAAGCACAGGGAGCACCGCCCCUCUCUGGAGGACAAGUGUAGCUUCAAGCCCUACAACAAAGGCAGUGGAGACUCUCACAGGGAGGGAGUCACCAGCUCCAGCAGCUCCAGCAGCUCCAGCAGCAGCAGCAGCAGCGAUAAAGUGGGGUUUAGGGUACCCAGUAAUAAUGUCACCACUAAUGGAAACUCAACAAAUGGCCAGCAGUCGUACCCACCCCAUGCGGCUUCACCCAGCUCUAGAGCCAGCAGCAGCACCCCGCCAGGACACUCCCAGCAGCCCACCAAACUGAGCCAGUCUCCUGGUGCUCAGUCCCGGACUCCUAGUGGAGACACUGCCCGUGAGCAGGGCAGUCCCACCAGCACGAGCAGCAGCAAUAAUCCCAAAAAAGACGGCGACAAGACCAACCCAGACAGUCCUCAGGAUGCAAACUCCAGCCAGGUUCGAGCCAGCACGAACUGCAGCAACAGCAGCUCUGACGGAGGUUCCCACCAUGAGGGGGGUAAAGCGGAGUCUGCCCACCCUAACCUCGGCCCUGGACGCAUUACACCCAUUUCUCCUUAUAAGACAAGCCAGCCGCUCUUCCCCCUGCCUUCCUCUAAUAUGGGCUACCAUGGAUCUGUAGUGGGGGCUUACGCUGGCUACCCAUCCCAGUUUGUUCAUGGGAUGGACCCAACAAAGUCGGGCCUCGGCAUGGGAAAGCACCCAGGCUCCAGCCCUCUCACAGGGGCCUCCCCUCCCUCUUUCAUGCAGAGUUUAUGCAGGGACCCCUACUGUCUAAGCUAUCCCAGUGUAUCCCAUCUUGGUGGAAGCAACUGCAACUCCUGCGUCCAUGACCCUUCCUCCAGUCUCAAAUCAAACUACCCCUUGGUGUACCCCUCCCACCCGCUGCACUCCCUCCACCAAGGCUCCAUGUCGUCCAGCGUGUCUUCCUCCCUCCCACAUCCCCUCUAUGCGUAUGGCUUCAUGCUCCCAAAUGACCCCCAGCCCCACGCCUGUAACUGGGUCUCCGCCGGGGGGCCGUGCGACAAACGCUUCUCCUCGUCCGACGAGCUCCUGGCUCACCUCCGCACACACACUGCCCUGCCCAUGGGGAUGGACAGUAAGCUGCUCUCUGUUUCCUCCUCUGGACCCGCUAACUGCCACCUCCACCUCCCCCACCAGAGCAGUCCCGGCUCCAUGCCCAGCUCCCUCUCCCUCAGGGCGCCCCACAGCAUGGGAUUAGCUCGCUAUCACCCCUACAGUAAGGUGCAUCUGCCCCCUGGACCCUCCCCCAUCGCCCUGCACUCUAUGCCUACCACAGGCCCGUACUACCCUCAUUACGCUCUCUACAGUCAAAGACUUGGAUCUGCUUCCGCUCUGGGCUACCAGUGAGACUCCAUCCACUCGCAUGUUUAAAGGAGUGCUUUGACUUUGUGGGAAAUAUGCUUAAUCGCUUUCUGGUGAACAAAUGAGAUGGGAAUACUGAUACCACUAUCAAAUAUUUCUCAUAAAUGUGAAACUCAAGCCAUGUUAGGAUAGCUUAGCACAAAGACUAGAAGCGGAGGGGAACAGCUAGCCUCAAUUAAAACAAGUAGCAACUACCAGAAUCAAAUAUUGUUUUGUUUUUGUAUUCAUAUUUACAAAAGUGUAAGUGUAAAUUCAUAAUACAUGGUACAUUUUGGCUCCUAGCACAACAAUACUUAUAAUUGACAGAGCCAGGCUAGCUGUUUUCCCCUGUUUCAAAGUCAUUGUGCUAAGCUAACCAGCUGCUACGUAUAGCUUCAUGUUUAACAGACAAAUAUAAGAGUGGGAUUAUUAUUGUUAUCCUGCAUUGCUGCCAGAAAGCCAACAAGAUAGAUAUUUUCCAAAAAGGUUUAACUGCUACUUUGAGCUAUUACUUAAUUGCGGCAAGUUGCCGCUUCCUCUGAUUUACGAGUGUAAUCAAGUGGAACUAAGAUGUGGGAGGGCGCGUUCUGGAUUUUGACUUGAGUGCAUUUUCACACUUUUCUUUAUACGUUAUAUAUGAGAUUUGGUGUUUUGAAUCAGGCUCCUUUCUUUAACAUCAUAGGACAUAUGUGGCCCUUGCAUGUCUGCACAAUGCUCGGAUACUUUGCAACAGAAAUGACUGCCCUUGGAUGACUUUUGCCGCCCCAUGGGCUCGGCAAAUUGAUGGUUCGAUGCGGUGUAAUAACUCUUGGAUGUUCAGGGUUCCUGCUGCAAAUGAUGAUGAUUUAGUGCGUAAAAAUGUAGUGUGGCAGGGACGGCAAUAAGCUGCCGCCGUGGGCUGAAGUCUGGCCACAGUCGCUUUCUGCCUGCAACACAUGCAUGUAAGCUGGACAAAGCAUACACGGUUUAUUCAGCCUCAUGGUUUGUGAUGAUUUGUUUUGGUUCCUUAUGUUUUGUUUAUUCCUACUGAGAAGUUGUAUUUAUUUUAUAUCGAGAAUCUGGCUUUCAUGUUUACCAUAUAAAUCUAUUCUCGUUUUACAAUCCUCUCCGCAGACAUGUUGGAAGCCCAGAUGGCAGAUGUCGAAUAUGUCUUAAAAUCUUCUUUAAAAAUGAAUGUUGAAAUCACAUCUCUCUCUCUCUCUCUCUCUCUCUCUCUCUCUCUCUCUCUCUCUCUCUCCCUCUCUCUCUCUCUCUCUCUAUCUCUCU